AUGGCGCCUGGCAGCGGACGCGAUUUUAACUGCUCAUGGGAGCAGUGUGGAAAGGUAAGACCCCCCGUCGACUGUCGAUCCUAUCUAACCCGUCAGUCCUUCAAUCGCAAGUCCGACCUCUGUCGCCAUUAUCGCAUCCACACCAAUGAGCGUCCCUACCAUUGCACCGUCGCAGAAUGCAACAAGAGUUUCAUCCAGCGCAGCGCCUUAACCGUGCACUCGCGGACGCACACAGGGGAGAAACCCCACGUCUGCGACCAUGAAGGCUGCCAGAAAGCAUUCUCCGAUUCCUCGAGUCUGGCCCGCCAUCGCCGGAUCCACACCGGGAAGCGCCCGUACAUCUGCCAUGAGCCCACCUGCGAACGAAGCUUCUGUCGCAAGACCACCCUCACGAAACACCAACAUCGCUCCCACCCGCCCGGCAGCAUGACCCGACCGUCUUCCGAGGAGGCCAGCUCCGAGCACUCCUAUCACCAGACGCCGGUCCCGGUCUCAAUGUCUAAUGAGCAGUACAUGAUGGCCCAGCAGAAUUAUUAUCAACAAGCUGCCACCCCGACCCACGAGUUCUACUCCCCGCAGAGUGUCCCCAUGGGCGCGGUCCCGGUGCAUGAAGCCGCGCCCAUCUUACCGCAAGCCAUCCCGGUCGUCAAUUCCCCGAUUCAUAUGCAUGCUCAACAUCCACCGCAUCCGCAACACCCUCAUCCACAUGUGCAUCAUCAGCAACAGCAGCAGCAGCAGCAUCAACAACAGCAGCAGCAGCAUCAACAGCAGCAGCAGCAGCAACAACAACAACAACAGCAAUACAUGCAGAUGAUUCAGCAACAACAGCAGCAGCAGCAACAUCAGCAACAGCAACAGCAACGAUACGAGCAAAGUCCGCGCACCAACUACAUCCCCGCAUAUGAACAAGCGCAAUUUCAGAGCCAACCACCAGCAGCGCAACCGCAACCCCAGCAAGCGCAGAUGACUCAGGAGCCGAUCAUGGUUUCAUACCACCCUAACUAUGCGUACAAACCCCCCGGCCCCAGGAUCUUAAACCAACCGGUGGGGACUGACUGGGGUUUUCUGGGAGUAGGCUAA